AUUACGCUGUUACUGCGUACUCAGAAAACAAACUAAAUUUCCUUAUAUCAUACAACAACAAAAGGCGCCUACCCGUCUUAAGACGACAACAUGUUCCUUUCAGAGAGGAAGGCUAGUCAUUCUCGUGAUACUCAAGGAAAUAUUGUUGGUAUAGACUUUUCGGGUGAUGAUGGUUCAGAUUCUACAUCCAAAGAAUGGGUUUAUACAAGAUGGGCCAAAAUAAUGUUUCGAACAGCUGCUAUGAUCAGUCUAGCAUCAGUUAGUAUGAAUACACCGGAUACAUUUAAACAAGUUCCAGUAUUAAUGUAUAUUACUUUUAUCUUGGAUUUGAUGGUUGCAUUAUUAUUCACAGUGGAAAUGAUCAGCAAAAUGUAUAUCGAAGGCUUAUUUGUUCCUGCAUCAAGUCAGAAAUCCCUUGAUUGUUUAUCGAUUCAUCAUGAUAUGUUCACGAUGAUAAAUCUUUUCAAGUUUUUUGUGAUCUAUCAAGAAUUUCCCUUAGAUUUCAGUUUGAUAAUGAAGUUAGUUGGUCAGAUAUCUGAAAUGCUUUUCACAAAAUUCGCACUAUUAGUCAUCAGAACAAUUUUGUAAUACGGUAAUUUAAUAACUAAUGCUUGUAUAAUUGAACAAGAAUGUUUGGUGUUCAGAAUUUAGCCUAUUUUAUCGACUAGAGAUAAAAAGGAAACUUGAAACUAAUUUGUGAAGGGAACGGAAAAUACUAAAUCAGUCAUUUUAUAAAACUUCGACACAUACUUGAGAAAUAGUUGAGAAUUCAAAAUUUAUCCAAACUCAAAUUUUUCGUUAAACAAU